AUGGCUGCCCCCAGCCAGCCCCACCAGGCCACCUACGACGCCAUCGUCAUCGGGGCCGGCAUCCAGGGCUCUUUUGCCGCCUACCACCUGGCCCAGCACCUCAGGGACACCCUGCUGCUGGAGCAGUUCAUCCUGCCCCACUCACGGGGCAGCUCGCACGGGCAGAGCCGCAUCACCCGCAGCGCCUACCCCCGGGUGCCCUACGCCCGCAUGAUGCCCGACAGCUUCCGACUCUGGCAGCGGCUGGAGGCCGAGGCCGGCACCAGCCUUUACAGGCAGACGGGGCUGGUGGUGCUGGGGCCGGUGGGCAACCCGGAGCUGGAGGCCUGCCAGCGUAGCCUGGGUGCUGGUGAGGUCCUCGACGCCACGGCGCUGGCCCAACGCUUCCCCGGCCUCCGAGUCCACGCCGGUGAGGUGGCCGUGUGGGAUGGCACCGGCGGGGUGCUCUUCGCCGACCGGGCACUGCGGGCGGUGCAGGACGUCUUUCGCCGGCACGGGGGCACCCUGCGGGAUGGGGAGAAGGUGCUGCGCAUCGAACCCGGGGCCAUGCUCACCGUCACCACCACCGUCGGGGUGUAUCGAGCCCCCCGGCUCAUCAUCACGGCCGGAGCCUGGACCGGCACCCUCGUGGCACCCCUGGGUCUCUGCCUGCCGCUGCAGCCCCUGCGCAUCAAUGUCUGCUACUGGAGGGAGAAGGAGCCGGGGAGCCCCAGCGCAGGCAGAGCCGGUCCCUGCUUCAUGGCCCUGGGGCUGAGCCGAGCCCCCCACGGCGUCUAUGGGCUGCCCGCCCUCGAGUACCCAGGGCUGGUCAAGGUGUGCUACCACCACGGCAGCCCUGCUGACCCUGAGGAGCGGGACCGGGUCCCCCCAGGAGUCCCCCAUCCCGACGUCGCCCUCCUGACCAGCUUCAUCAGCAGCUACCUGCCCAGGCUGGAGCCCCGGCCGGCUGUGGUGGAGACCUGCCUCUACACGAACACCCCAGAUGAAGACUUCAUCCUGGACCGGCACCCCAAGUUCAGCAAUAUCAUUAUCGGGGCCGGCUUCUCGGGCCACGGGUUCAAGCUGGCACCAGUGGUGGGGAAGCUGCUGUGUGAGCUGAGCCUGGGCGAGGAGCCAUCCCACAGCACGGCCCCCUUUGCCAUCACCCGCUUCCCCGGCGUGCUCCGGGCUGCACUGUAG